CUUCCAUCCAAUCCACUAGUCCAUAUAUAUGAGAGCACCUUUCUCCACUCUUGCUCAUCAUGACUUCACCUUUUCAACUCUCCAGACUGUCCUACCGACUUUGGGACUCUGCCUGAUUUGAUGAAAAGGAGUAACGAUAAUCCUCUUGUCUCCUUUACCCUCUUACUUAUUCCGUACCAUUCUUUUUUCUCAUAUCCAUUCUUUCUCCAACUAUUUAUCUAUCCCCUUUUACCUUCACAUCCAUUACACUCCCUAUCAGCUCUUUGCUUUUCAUUAAUCGCAUUAAGCACUGACAGUGUUGAAAUAGCCCUCUUCUUCCUCUCUCCUCUUCAUCUACUCCACAUCUAUCGAAAGGGGGUAAAGGAGUUCUUCAGUCUUUUCUCCAUACACCUAUAUCCAUUAGUACCCACGUCCCCAAUGAAUCAAUGUCAAUUUGUGCCCGGAAAUAAAGCCAGAGUCCUUUCGAAAGCUCAAACAUUCACCCUUAAUCUUAAUGCAUUCAUUAGAUAAUACAGAACAAACCAACCCAAUCGACCUUGGGAUCUCGCACGCAUGCAGACAAUUCAGGAACCUUCUUAUCCUCUCUCUGCAAGGCUGACAGGUUCUCAGCCAAGCUCGGGAACAGAUCCUGCACCAUGGAUCCCUCCUCGUCCUGAUCUGUCCAACAGAGCCAACUUGCCACAGAAUCCUUUUCAUCAGCAACAACAACAACAACAACAACAACAACAACAACAACAACAACAACAACAACAACAACAACAACAUCAGCAACAACAACAAUAUCCUCU